AUGGUUCAUAUCGGCAUUGCUGUCAUUGCGCCGCGGGAUAUCUCACAGAUAGUAGAUGACUUCUGGGCCCUUGGAAAUGUGCUGAAGAUGAAGAAUGUCCGAGCCAUCUUUGAAAAAAUCCUUCCUGUCCCACGAGUAAAGCGGAGCAGCGGGAACAGCAGUUGUUGCAAUUUCUUUAAUUCGACCUUAGAGAUUCUGACGUCCACGUGUGGAGACGGGAGUGCGACGUUAUCGCUGGAGGAUGCGACUCGCUCUUUCAACUCCCUCCUGAACAGCGCCUCCCUCUGGGAGGUCAGAGACAAGCAGGAGGUGGGGUGGGCCGUGACGGUCCUGCUGCAGAGCGUGGAACUGGCCGCACUGGCCGCUGCGCUCCGGUCCCCGGAGAGGACAACACAGAACGUGACGACAGAGUCUCUGGCUAUCCAGACGCGGCUCGUCACUGAGGACUGCAGCCGGGACAGUGAGGUCUUCACGCUGAGCGCUCAAAGGGACACGAUGGGAGUGCACUGUGAUACAGUCACCGGGGCAGCCACACACGGUACCAUCCUGGGGAUGGCGACACCCAGGGCCCAAACCACGGUGGACUCCAUCAUCAGUGCGAGACAUCUCAGCGAGGGAAAUCUACCUGCUGGUGGGAAGCCGGAGAAGAGUCAUCUCAACUCCAGGGUGGUGAGCGGGGCCGUCGGAGACGGGAGACCCAUUAACCUCUCCAGACCCGCAAACCUCACCCUGCGCCACAAACAGGACAAAAAACGGGAGGAAGAGGCUCUCUGCGUCUACUGGAAAGUAGUGGCCGAGAGCGGCAGCUGGUCUCCGGACGGCUGCACCGCCGUGCACACGAACAGCACUCACACCACCUGCCGCUGUGACCAUCUCUCCAGCUUCGCCGACCUAAUGGCUCCCACCACAGUGACGGAGAGUUAUCCACUGACCGUCGUCACCUACAUGGGACUGACCUUCUCCAUGCUGUGCCUCCUCCUCGCCAUCCUCACCUUCCUCCUUUGCCGCUCCAUCCGCAACGUCAGCACCUCCCUCCACCUGCAGCUCUGCCUCUGCCUCUUCCUGGCCGACCUGCUCUUCCUUAUUGCGCUGACCCGCACCGGCAGUUGCCAGACGGUGCGGUAG